UGAACGCAUAACACUCUGCUAUGUCGAGGAGCGCCGCUUAUCCGCUAAACCCACGGCGUCGCGCGGCGCCCGCAGCAGGAGCCACGCGCCGCAGCAGCUCGGAAGAUUGGCGCUCGAACAGCUUGGCGCGAUAAACGGUGCGCGCGGCUCACUGUUGCGCUUCCCCGCGCGCGCGCGCGCGAGCCGGAACAGCUGCUCCGCAGGUCGAGUCAUUGCGCUGCGAUACUGUCCGCCUCUCUUCACUUCAGCUGUUUAAAACUGCUUCUGAGCGUGAAAUGUGGUAACAUCUAUUUACUUGCAGGGAAGGAAACGCCAGCAAGCGCAUAAAAUUACUGUCGACCAGGUGUGUGGUUGGAAACGUUUGGCUCAAGAAAAUGCACUUGCCUGAACGUCAGUAAAAAAUGAUGGCUGAACACACUUCAGAAGAACAGUUUUCACUGGGGGGCAGAACAGUGAACCAUGAAAGGUGUCUGGAUGGUGCUGGUCAUCUGGCCCCAGAGGGAAUCCCUUUCUUGGAUGCAGAUUCUGUGGUAGGAGAUUCUCCUCCAUCUAUAGGGGAAGAGAGCGACUCGUCCUUUGUGGAUUCCUGCAGCGUGUCCAACAGUUCAGACACAGAGGAUUCAUCUGUCUGGAAAGUCUCCAAAAAGGUCAGUGAAAUGCUUUCAGGGAGCAAGAAUUCAUUUCCCGUGUCCCACAGUAAACAUUGCACGCGGAUCUCUGCCCCAGUCAUACUGGAACAAGAAGCCAUUUGUGGCAGCAAGGAGACCAGCUCUGGUUGUUGGACCCAGGGGCCACCUAAAUCACCACAGGCAGCUGCAGCAGCGAGCUCCAGGGAGCAGGAAGUGCCAGUGGCUCUGGUGGUGAUGAAGAAGCAGGGCACGGACGGUGAUGCUGGGGACAGGCCGUACAAAUGUGAGCAAUGCGGAUGGGCUUUCAAGAAGGCCAGCAACUUGCGGAGUCACGAGGAGACACACCGGGGCCUGAAGUCUCACGUGUGCGAACUCUGCGGCAAGGCCUACUCCCAUCAGGGCACCCUACAGCAGCACAGGCGCCUGCACACCGGUGAACGUCCGUAUUCCUGCCCCUUCUGCGCCCGAACCUACAUCUGGUCCUCCGACUUUCGCAAGCACAUCCGCACACACACGGGCGAGAAGCCAUACGCGUGCGCUACAUGCGGCAAAGCUUUUGUCCGCUCUUCGGACCUGCGCAAGCAUGAGCGCAACAUCCACGCUAAUGACAAGCCGCUGCCAUGCCCGCAGUGUGGCAAGACCUUCAACAAGCCGCUCUCGUUGCUGCGCCACCAGCGCACUCACCUGGGCGAGAGGCCCUUCCGCUGCCCCGACUGCGGGAAGGCUUUCGCCGUGGCCAGCCGAAUGGUGGAGCACCACAAGGUCCACAUGGGCGUGCGGCCCUACAUCUGCCCCGUGUGCCUCAAGGCCUUCACCAAAUCUUCCAACCUGGCUGAGCACCAGACCUUGCACACUGGCCAGAGGCCUUUCAAGUGUCCCGACUGCGGCGUCGCCUUCGCCUUGCCAUCGCGCCUGGCUCGGCACCGCCGCGUCCACACUGCGCAUUGACCCGACUGCUUGAAGUGCAGCCCAAGCCCGUGUUAACCUGAGAGUUCGCUGGAUGAUGUCAUGUCUGGUGGCGUGUCCUGCAGCCAACAUUUCCACUACACGUCUAAACUGGACCAGCAUCCUCGAGACCUCCUCAAAGAGACAAUCUGCUCUGGGAGGAGUUGUCUUCGCAGAUCUCUCCUUUGACCGCACAUGGCAGCCUGGAAAUGUUUAUCAGCAUGAAUGCAUAGCAGUUUUGUUUUCUGCUUUAAAAAAAAGAGAAACAGUAGGAGUAUUAACAGCAUAAUUACAGUGCUCUUGUAACAACUUUUAAUGGAAUUGCACUAGUUUACCUGGGGCAGCAGGUAGUGUAGCAUUUAAGCACCCAGGCAUUGCUGGUUUGAGCAAUGCUCCCUACUGCUGCUGUAGAACCCUUGAGCAAGGUACUUACCCUGGAAAAAACCUAGUUGUAUGAAUGAAUCUAAUAUUGUAACUCUUUUUGCAUAAAAUCAAGUAAGCAACAAACAAAUCAAUUAACUCAUGGCACUGCAAUAGCCAGUAACUUGACAUCCACAGACUGAGACUUAGCCUCCCGUGUGGGGAUUGUCUAGGACUAGUGUGACACAGCACAGCUGCAGUAGUUUACAACCUACAAUCAAAUUUUAUUUUCAACAUUAUUCAGCAGUUGCAGUGCAAUUUGCAAUACUUUCCUGUUUUCCAUGGGAUUAAUAAAAUAAAUGUUAAAGAAAAAUGGUAAAAUGCAAAUAUUUUAUGAAUUUCAGUGAAGUGGACUUUUGUAAAGUUCUGUGUUCAUAACACCACUAAAAAAAAAAUCAUGUCAGUAUGUUUUUCCUGGCGGAUUAAAUUAUGAUUCCUUGCAUUAGAUUUUUUUCUUGAUAAAGGACAUUUACCUCAGUGCACACCAAUCUUUAAAGUGUCAUCACAUGCAGAUCUUGGACUGAGAGGGCGGGAGAGAAGAUGUACUGAUGUCAGAAUAAAUGCAAAGUAAAUGGUGUACACACAGGUACAUUAAAUGGAUAAGCAUUUACAAAAACAACAUAAAUUCAAAGCCAGAUUUCAUUCCCUAAAUUGAGGACCACAAACACUAGAAACUAAUGAAUAGAAGGUAGUCACAAAAAAUGCCAGAAUUCUCAUCCACCACCCAGAGUUAGAUGUUACAUACAAUUAAAGGUCCUAUUAAAUGCUGUACUAUAAUUCUAUAGCUUAGAAUGCAGUGCAUCCAGUGAUAGGAACAUUUUGACAUUCUAAUAAUUUCACAGUAUAUCUUUCGAAUUUUAAACCAUUUAAAGUUCCAGGGCUUUUCUAGACUGGAUUCAUCUCCUGUCUGUCAAACAGACAGGAUCAUUUUAGGCUUGUUUGCCACUGUGCAGUAAUAAAUUACUGAAAUGCUAAAUUUCUGGAUAAGGUGGCAAACGCAUUAGCAAUCAAAAUACAAGCUACUGACAGUCUUUGCAGGCUGGUUAACAAAAAUGCACAUAAAACAGAAACUGACGUAUAGAGGAAUUUUUUUAUUUAUAGUAUAAUUAUAUAGUAUUACAGAAAACGUACACAAAAAAACUAGCGUUUCGAUGAGGAGCAGUUUUAAAUAUCAAUGUAUACAAUAGUACUUGAUUUAACAGUGUUGUUGUAAAAGAUUUCCUUCCAGGACUUGUACUGCUUGGGCUCAAAUUUCUGCUCAGUGCAGAGAAUCUAAUUCUGCAAUCACUUUCUGACCUAGGGUGAUGGCGGAUGCUUGGCCAGCUCAGAGAACAUUUCCAGACCUGGGAUGUUGCACUGAACUUAAAGCUGGUAACAAAAAAUGCUCUUCAAAGAAGAAAGGAGGGUCAGAUGAAGAGACCCCCAUUUAGAGCCUCCACUCUACCAUACCUGCUGUACUUUAGUGCCUGACGUGGUCCUGUUGUCCAGCUACAUUCAUCCAAAUAUACGUUUAUGUUACAUUUUAUUCGUUUAGCUGACACUUUUCUCCAGAGCAACUUAUAAUAUUAA